GUUUUGACCGCGCGACGCGCAAAGAUGUUGGCCUAAAGCGAAGCGCACAAUAUACCGACGAUAAUACACAUACAUACAUACAUACAUAUUUCGCCGCAUUCAUUACAAAAAAGCACAAACAUAAAGUAGAAAUAUUAAGCAAUUAAGAAUAAUAAUCAAGUAUACGCCACGAUGAUCAAUGGCAAGGCUGCUGCGUCGCCUGAGAAAAAUGGCGCGCUGAACGAUCGUCCAUUAUUUAUGCAAAAUGGCGGCAAUCGACGCAUUUCCGGGGUGAACGAUGUGGAAGUGAGCAACUUUCGACGGGCCCUGCCACAGUUUCUAGCUGUUAGUAUUAAGAACAUAUUGCUAUUCGGCUAUGGCAUGACAUUGGGUUUUCCCACAAUUGUAAUACCCGCCAUACAAGGUGGCGAGGGACGCAGCGACGGUCGCAACGGCGAAAUUGUACUUAACAAAGAUGAAAUCUCGUGGUUUAGUUCUAUCAAUUUGAUCUGUGUGCCCCUCGGUUGUCUCUUCUCGGGCAUGUUAACCCAACCGCUAGGCAAACGUCGAGCAAUGCAGUUUGUCAACCUGCCCAUACUGGCUGCCUGGCUAAUGUUUCACUUUUCAACGCGCACCGAGCAUCUGUAUGCAGCUUUAUGCUUGGCUGGCCUCGGUGGCGGUUUGAUGGAAGCACCUGUGCUAACAUAUGUGGCCGAGAUCACAGAGCCAAAGUAUCGCGGCAUACUGUCCGCGUUGGGCACCACCUGUGUGAUCACCGGCGUCUUUGUGCAAUUCAUACUUGGCUCGCUGAUGGACUGGCGCAGUGUGGCAGCUGUGAGUGCCGCCUUUCCCGUGAUCACCAUUGUGAUGCUCUGCUUUGUGCCCGAGAGUCCCAUUUGGCUGAUACGCGAGCAUCGCUUCCUGGAGGCCGUCAAGUCGCUGCAAUGGCUGCGCGGUUGGGUGCCAGAGCACAUGAUUGAGGCGGAGUUUAAUCAGCUGUACGACGAGCUGAUCACCCAAAAGGCCAUCGAGGAGGCAGCCGAGGGAGGAGCUGCAUCGGCGGGACAACGACGCACGCUGAAAAUGCGUCUGCGCAUGUGGCGCAAGCGAACUUUCCUGGUGCCUUUCCUACUCGUCUCCUUCACCUUCUUCACGGGUCACUUUUCCGGCAAGACUUCGCUGCAAACGUAUGCGGUGCAAAUCUUCCACACACUGAAGGCACCCAUGAACAAAUACCAUGCCACCAUACUGUUGGGCGUGGCCGAGAUGAUCUCUACCAUACUGGGCGUUAUUCUCAUACAUUUCACGGGCAAACGUCCGCUGGUCCUGGUCUCGACGGUGGGCACCGGACUCUGUUUCUUGGGCACCGCGACCUACGCUCAUUUUCUGAACGAAGUGCCCGGCUUUGGAGUGAACAAUGUGGUCAUCAAUGCGUCUGCCAUCGUGCCCAAGGAUAGUAUUAUCUCGCAGGCUAAUAUAUCCAAAAUAUUUGAGAGUCAACGCCAGGAUGAACUGCAGGAGCAACAGCAGCUGACUACUCUAUUGCCAGAUAUGGAAAUGUAUACAACCGAGUCAGGCAAUCGCAGCAGACGAGAGUUGGACACCACAAUGCAGCCGGAGGAGGAUCUAGACACUACUACGCUGCUGCCGGAAGUUUCCAGUGCCAUGCCGAGCUCCACCGAGCGCAGUGAAUUGACGUCUUCGAAGCCACCUAUUGCAGAGGAUCUAUUGCUGACUGUUCCCAAGCAGAAGACCAACUAUUUGGUUUGGGUGCCGCUGAUUCUGUUGCUGCUCUCCGCCUUCUUCUCGCAUCUGGGCAUACGUAUGAUACCCUGGAUUCUCAUUGGCGAGGUCUUUCCCGCGGACAUUCGUAACAGCGCCUCGGGAUUCGCCGGUGGCGUUGGUUAUGUUUUUGGCUUUUUAGCCAAUAAACUGUUUCUCUUCAUGUUGGCUACAUUGACGCUACCGGGCACAUUUGCUUUCUAUGCCACAGUUGCGUUUGUUGGCACCAUUGUCCUCUACUUUACACUUCCCGAGACAGAGGGUCGCACUCUGGGCGAAAUCGAGGCACAUUUCUCAAAGAAGUCCGAUAUGAAUCUGUUGCGCAAACAGCCAUCGCCGAAGGAGCUUGAGAAACAACAACAGACGCAACCGUCCAAUGUCAUACACUUGGACAAUCUGCAGAAUCUCCAUGUGCCAAUCAGUUCGCAGCAGCAGGCGAAGAUUAUCCACCUGCAACAAAGUGAUUUUGCGCCGCAAGCAAACAGUAAUCCUCUCAGAGGUGCCACCAAUCACGCCUUCGAGGAGAGCAGCAAUACAACACACUUGUAAUUCCAUAGACACAUUUGUAAUAUUUUUCCUUCUUUCACUUUCACAUAAAUACUUGAUAAUCCAGUGAUAUUUAUAAGUAACAAAGCAAUACAAUACCAAAAAUU